UUUAAGAGAUGGAAUCUAAAGUACCACAAAGCCAAUCGUCUGAAAAAAAUGAUCAAAUGAAAGUUAUAGAAAUCCUAAACACAAACAAACCAGCGUUGCUAGUUGAAAAUUUGUUUGGAAUAUUUAGGUUCAAUGUACAUAAUAACAGGUUGCUUCCAAUCAAUAAGAAGAUGAAGUUCUGUUGCAUUUUUCUGACGUUUUUAUAUAUUACUUUAUUCUCUGCAUUUCUUAGAAUAUCAUCAGCCAUGAUUGGGACUGCCAAGCUUGUGGAUAUGUUAGAGGAAGUACCAUCUGUGGUGAUAUUGAUACAAUAUGUAAUAUCCGCUAUUAGAACGUCAAUUUUUUGCAAUGAAAAAAAUAUGCGCAUCCUGACUACAGUGGUGGAUCUCGACACUAAGUUGCAUGUUGAUACUAAUAAGAACUUCUACAAAAAAUCAAGAAAAAUGAACUUAAAGGUAAUACUGAUGGUUCUUGUUAUACACGUCAUUGUUACUAUUAUCGACUUAGCCACCGAUGGGGAUAAUAUAGAUAUGAGUAAAAUUGUUGUUUUGCCUAUUUACCUCGAGCAAUCUCUUGAAAUAAGUGUAUUCUGCUUGCUUAUCAUGAUGUUAACUCGACGACUUCACAUCAUAAACAACUAUUUGGCCAAAUUCAUCGAUGAAAACGAUGGUAUCAAGUCUUCGCCCAUAUUUAUCGUAGGAGAGAAGAAAGACGGACCAGAAGAAUUUAACUUGAUCGGCCGCUCGUCGGGCGACAACACCAAGAUUAGAGACUUGGCAGUGACCUACGACAUCAUUGGCGAACUUUGUACUCUUGUCAACGAAGUAUUCAAUUUUCAGAUUUUCAUGACUCUAGGUUCUACGUUUACUUACGUUGUCAUAACAAUUUGGUCUGCAUUAUAUUACUACAAAAAUGGAAACAACUCUAUGGCACUGGUUACUAUAAUAUUGUGGUGUAUUACAGCCGUUUGCUUGAUUGCUUUUAUGUCGAUGACUUGUGAGCAGCUACUGCUGGCAAGAACGAAGACUAAGAUUUUAAUUAAUAAGAUCAUAAUGGACUACGACCUGCCUAAGACUAUGAGGGUGCAGGCGAAGGCGUUUAUGGAGCUGGUAGACGCGUGGCCCCUGCGUAUUUUCAUUUACGAUAUGUUUUCAGUGGACAUCACAUUAAUGCUUAAAUAUAUAAGUGUGGCUACCACAUACCUUAUUGUAAUAAUCCAGAUUUCUCACUUUGUUUAAGAUUUUAUGCGUGAGUAGUAAGGGUUUUCACGUGUCGAUGUUAAUGUACACAGCACAACGAAUGAAAUCGUCUACAAACUUUUAAUAUAAAUUAUUUUAGUCACAAGAAGACUUGCACACUAUGAAUUUUAGAAUAUAUGGUAGAUAUGGUAGGAGUACCAGAUGCACUUAUUUUUUUAUCGAUGUUUUCUUAACUUUAACCUUGUGAAAAACAAAUGAAUGUCAAUUUGAUUGUGAAAUUAAAGUAAUAAAAAACAUCAAAUGCAAAGUGGAUUGUUUUAUUGAUUCCAACUAAAACCAAACUAACAUUAGCAACACUCGCACCUACUAAGUGUAUUAGUUUUUCCAUAAGUGCGAAUAAAUUACAAUAUU